AUGAGACAACCGCACAAAGACACCCGUCGGACUCUCCCCGUUGAACUCUGGUUAAAGGUCAUCUCCGAAGUCGAGAGUCGGGAAGACCUCAUUUGCUUGUCAAAAACGUGCAGCAACUUUCGAGAGGCGACCAAGGACCUUGUCGCCGACUGGAUCGCGGUGAUCCGCACGGAAGAGGACGCUGACCAGCUUGCGACGCGGAUCCGUAGGGAUCCCAGGUUCGCGCAGAGGAUCCGCGAGACUCGCGUCUUGCUUCCCAGAGGUCUCGGAUACGCACUUCCGAUCCCAGCGCAGAUGGGGCUCAUACUCGACGUUGUUGACCAGCUUCCUGAACUACUCACACUGCGACUCUUCGUUCGAUUUCCAGAACGAAUGACACUGCACUUCUCCCACGAAUUCUCUGCACCGCUGGAGCUACUUUACACGCGGCACCUCCCUCGGUUGAGAUGCCUCAACGCACCCAUCUUCGAUUUCAUCCAUUUCUACGCGUUUCUCCAGCUUAAUCCCCAUAUCGAAGAGCUGCAGGUACCGCACGACAGCCUCGGGCCCGGCUCCUUAACCAUCACCCUGCCAUCGCUCCGCUUCUUGACAUGCCAAUUCCCCAUGCUAGCCAGAUUAACUCCAAGCACCCGAACGUCGCCACCCGACACCGGCCCUUCACGCCUGAUAUGCGAGGCCCUAACCCACCUCCACCUCACGAGGGCAGCGGACGGCACCUUCGAGGAUGUCCUCAACACGCUCGGACAGCAGCUCGUCAGCCUCCGCAUGACGGAGCCAACCCUGGCCGGGUUCCUGAGCGGAGAGGCGUUCCCAUCCUCCCUCGUCCUCCUCCGCGCGCCCCGCCUCCGGUACCUUGAGCUGGAGUUCUUCAAGGGCUUGUUCACGCGCGCACGCGCCUGGCCACCCGAAAUCCAACACGAGGGGCCCACGGACCGCACCCACGCUUCGUUCCCGGCGCGCACGGCGGGCGAGCCCCUCACGCUCGCCUGGUGCCUCUCCAACGUCUCGGGUGCGCCGCUCGACUCUGGUGAUCUCCUCCGGUUCCGCCAGAGGUGCGAGCAGCGCGCGCUCUCGGUGUUGCGGAGCGCGGCGCCGCACGUCGGGUGCAUCUUGUACGGACACGAGGUGCUGACGGAGAAGGCCACGUUGGGCAAGCGCGGGCGACGGCUGGUGAAGGAGAGCCUUACGUACUUGCGGAGGGAUCAUUGGAGGACGGUUUGA